UCUGAUAACGACAAGAGCAACGUCAAGGCCACCUGGAACAAGGUUGGAGACCACGCUUCGGAUUAUGUUGCCGAGGCCCUGGAGUGGUGAAGAUCCCGCUGUCCCCUACUCACACACCGGGCUCAACACCACUCCACUGCCCCUCCUUGGGCUACAACCAGGACUGUGCCCAAGCCCCAGAGCCCCGGGGCCCAGGCCUCUGACCUGCCACUGGGGGAGCCCGGCACUCCUACCCGCCCUCCCUCAGAGGCUGGGUGCGCUCUCCCCGCUUCCCUACCCUACCCCUCCACCACCGCUCACCUGUCACUUCUCCACGCAGGAUGUUCCUCCCCUUUCCCACUACUUUCCUCACUUCAGCCUGAGCCAUGGCUCUGCCCAGGGCAAGGGACAGGACAAGAAGGUGGGGGAGGCACUGACCCAAGCUGUCAGCUACCUGGAGGACCUGCCUGGUGCCCUGUCUGUGUUCAGCGACCUGCACACUCACAAGCUGAGGGUGGACCCUGUCAACUUCAAGCUCAUAAGCCACUGUCUGCUGGUGACUCUAGCAGCCACCACCCCUGCGGUCCAUGCCUCUCUGGACAAGUUUCUCAGCAAUGUGAGCACCAUGCUGACCUCCAAAUAUCGUUAAGUUGGAGCCCAGGAGAGGCACCACCAGCCUUCCUCCCCUCCCUGAACGUGCCUCUGAGUCUUUGAAUAAAGUCUGAGUGGGCGGCAGCCUGGUGUGGCC